UAUUGAAAAUCAAUAUCCCUCCCAGCGCGUUUUCCCGGCUUUUGUUCGUUUAAGUCGUCAUAUUGCUUAGCUUGAGUGCCACGUAAUACAUUUUCUUAUCGCCGGCGAACGAAACCGUGUGGUUAAUGGCAGAAAAUCAGAGAGCGGCGAAGGUUCCGGUGGAAGGAAAACGGAACAUCCUCAUCACAAGUGCACUUCCUUAUGUCAACAACGUUCCUCAUCUCGGCAACAUCAUUGGAUGUGUGUUGAGUGCCGACGUUUAUGCUCGUUACUGUCGACUUAGGGGUUACAAUGUUCUCUACAUUUGUGGUACUGAUGAGUAUGGUACUCCAAUUGUUACUAGAGCUUUGGAACAGAAUUGUUCUCCUAAACAAAUUGCUGACAAAUACCAUGCUAUUCAUAAGGAGGUCUACGAUUGGUUUGAUAUAAGUUUUGAUAAAUUUGGGCGAACCUCUUCUCCUGAGCAAACUGAAAUUUGCCAGUCAAUUUUCCAAAAGAUAUUUGAUAACAAAUGGAUCUCCGAGAGAACAAUGGAGCAGCUUUACUGCGAUACCUGCGAGAGGUUCUUGUGUGAUCGGCUUGUGGAAGGUACCUGUCCAACUCCUGAGUGUGAGUAUGGUUCUGCACGAGGUGACCAAUGCGAUAAGUGUGGAAAGCUUCUCAAUCCUACAGAGUUGAAGAAUCCUAGGUGCAAGGUUUGUGAAAAAAGUCCUCGUCUUCGUGAUACAGACCACUUAUUUCUUGAGCUUCCUCUGUUCAAAGAUAAAUUGGAAAAAUAUGUCAACGAGAUGUCUGUGGUCGGAUCCUGGAGUCAGAACGCUAUUCAAACAACCAAUGCACGGCUAAGAGAUGGAUUAGAGCGACGCUGUAUAACUAGAGAUCUGAAGUGGGGGGUUCCUGUUCCACAUGAAAAAUAUAGUAAUAAGGUUUUCUAUGUGUGGUUUGAUGCGCCUAUUGGUUAUAUAUCAAUCACCGCAUGCUACACACAUGAUUGGGAGAAAUGGUGGAAAAACCCAGAGAAUGUGGAGCUGUAUCAGUUUAUGGGAAAAGACAAUGUGUUCUUCCACACGGUAAUAUUUCCAUCUACUCUACUCGGAACCGGUGAAAAUUGGACUUUAAUGAAGACUAUUAGUGUUACUGAAUACUUGAAGUAUGAAUCAGGGAAGUUUUCUAAGAGCGAUGGCAUCGGGGUAUUCGGUAAUGAUGUGAAGGACACUAAUAUUCCCGUUGAAGUGUGGAGAUAUUACCUGCUCAUAAAUAGGCCCGAGGUAUCAGAUACAGACUUUACAUGGCCUGACUUGCAAGCAAAAUUAAAUAAUGAGUUGCUGAAUAAUUUGGGAAACUUCGUCAACCGAGUUUUGAGUUUUAUUGCCAAACCUGAAGGUGAAGGAUAUAAUUCCACUGUUCCUGCUGUUCCUGAGGAUGUAAGUGGCGACUCCCAUGAUCCAACCAAAAAAUUGGCCGAUAAAGUUUCCGCAUAUUUGGAUCAAUACAUAGAAGCCAUGGAAAAGGUUAAAUUAAAGCAAGGAUUAAAAAUUGCAAUGAGUAUAUCAGGCGAGGGGAAUGCAUAUUUGCAGGAAACUGCAUUUUGGCGCCUUUACAAGGAAAACCGAUCUCUCUGCUCUCUUGUUAUAAAAACUGCUGCUGGGAUUGUAUAUCUUCUUGCUUGUUUAUUGGAACCCUUUAUGCCAUCUUUCACUCUUGAGGUAUUUAAGCAGCUAAAUUUGUCUGUGGAGGUUCAUCUUUCACUUUCUGAUGAUAAAGGCGACGUUGAUAGAGUAAGAAGACCCUGGGAUAUUCUAAGUGCUGGUCAUAAAAUUGGAACACCCAAGCCAUUGUUCAGGGAGUUGAAAGAUGAAGAAUUGGAGGGCUACAAGAAUAAGUUUGCAGGAAGUCAAGCUGAUAGGAUUAUACGUGCAGAGGCUGAAGCUGAAAAUGUUGCUGAACAAUUGAAGAAAACAGAAGUUUCAGAUAGCAAAGGGAAGAGAAAACAAUCCGAUGGAGCCAAAAACAAGGCUGCUGCUGAACAAGAUAUCACGAUCACCAGGCUUGAUAUUCGGGUUGGUCUCAUAAAAAAGGCUGAAAAGCAUCCUGAUGCUGAUUCGUUAUACAUUGAAGAGAUUGAUGUUGGUGAAGAACAAACAAGAACCGUUGUCAGUGGACUUGUCAAGUAUAUACCAGUUGACCAACUGCAGAACCGAAAGGUAUGUGUACUUUGCAACCUAAAGCCAGCAACCAUGAGGGGAAUUAAAUCUCAAGCAAUGGUUCUUGCUGCUUCCAAUGAUGAUCACACUAAGGUUGAGUUGGUUGAACCGCCCAGUUCUGCUUGUGUUGGAGAAAGAAUUACUUUUCCAGGACAUGAAGGGAAGCCUGACGAACUCUUAAACCCGAAGAAGAAAAUUUGGGAGACAUUGCAAACAGAGCUGCACACAAAUGAAGAGCUAGUUGCAUGCUACAAAAAUGUUCCACUUACCACAUCAGCUGGUGUUUGCAAGGUUUUAUCCAUAACUGGAUCAAUAAGGUAGAUAGAGAGAAAGAUUGAAAGAUAAAAGACAGCAUAGUUUAUCCCCUUAUAUUCUGACUAGCAGAUCUGGAAGUUUUUCAUAUUUUCAUGUUGUCAUAAUUGUAGAAUUUACGUUGAGUAAUUUAACUGCGUAUUUUAGAUGAACUGUUGCAAUGUGCCAACUUGUUAAUAUAAUUGAUUAUAUUUUCU